GGAUGGGCUCUGAGCACCUGAUGGAGCUGUAGGUGUCCCUGCUCAUUGCAGAGAUGUUGGACUGGUGACCUUUAGGGCUCCCUUCCAACUCAAGCAAUUCUAUUAUUCUUUGUCCUGAGGUAGCUCAUAGUACUGGGAUUGGAACUUCAGCCACUGAUGUGGGCAACAGCUGACACUCCAGAGGGGACUGUGGUUCUGUGCCAGGUUGGUGGUUGCUGCACCAGUGAGAGCAAGAACCUGGGAUAAAAACUUGUAUGCAGUCUUUGCGUUGGAGUUUGCUCUUUUCUUGAGCAAAUUAGGAAGGCUAUGUAGCUAUUACAACAUGGAUUGCAGGAGGGAACAAAGCAGUGUUUAUGAAAAGCUGAUGUGCAUUUCAGAGGCUGAUUUGCAACAAGUGAAAGGAAAUACUAAAGUUUUCUAGGCAUCUUGAUGGUCUGUAAUGCGGUGCACAGUGACACAGCAAAUAUUUUGUUUCUUUUCAUUUACACUUUCAUGUGUUAAAGAGCUUGCAGAUCAGAAUUGUUAUUAGCACGGUUUUGAGAAAAGCUACUUUUGUUAGCCAAGGCUGUGAUCCUCCAUCACUUCCAGCUUGGUGAGAUCUGAGUGAAAGCUCAGCCCAGGAAAGGGCUGUCAGUCAAUGAGUUGUUCAGCAAGGUGACCUUUUGCUCCUUCUGUAAGAUCACUGUGGCCACCACAGCCAUAUCUUUUUUAUUCAGUUUGGACAGUGACCCACCAGAAGGCCACUGGUGUUGGUAGGCGCUGUGCAGCACAGACAGCUGCUUGCUCCAGGUAAUUCUGCUAGCAGGGACUGUCAGGAUUGCAGCCAAGAGAGGAGGGGUUGUGAAAUGUCUAUUAGUAGGGGUGAUAGAAAUGGUUGUGUGUCAUUAUAGGGCAUCCGUCUUUCCAUCUCUGCUGACUGAACAGAGACAGAGCAGUUUCUCAUUUUUAUUUAUGCUCAUGCAGAACUGAGUGGGGCAUGGCUUACUGUGAUGGAUCGAGGCUAGCAGGAAGAGGCUGAUAAGGGCACACCUAAAGGUGCAGGUUGGGCAGGUGCUGGAAGAACCUGCUAAUCUGGUCAGCAGCAGGGCACCAUAUAUGCAAAAUAUAUAUAUCUAUUUUAUUACAAGGGAACAAGCAUAGGUAACAGUGAUUGAAACAUCUUGUGGGUGUCAUUUGUGAGUAAACAAAGAAUUGUUAGGGACACUUUCAGUGUGAGACUUUUCUUGUCUGCUGUGUUGAAAUGGAACUGUUUGUUGUUGUUUUUUUUUCUAAAACAAGCAUAUUUAAAAUUAGAAACAUCAUUUGGCACAAACAUUCCUGAGAUUCCUAUUUGCUCUGUAAACAUAUGUUUUUUUCUUUUUCAGUGACUCUCAGCAACCCUGCAGAAAAAGUGGCCUAUCUUAUAAUAUUCCAUAUUCUCUUUGUGCUCUUUGUGUGGACAUAUUGGAAGUCUAUUUUUACUCUCCCGGUUCAGCCAGGCAAAAAGUACCACAUGUCCUACGCUGACAAAGAACGCUAUGAAAAUGAAGAAAGGCCUGAGGUGCAGAGGCAAAUUCUUGCUGAAAUUGCGAGGAAGCUGCCAGUGUACACGAGAACGGGGAGCGGAGGUAUUCGAUUCUGUGAUAGAUGCCAGCUAAUAAAACCAGAUCGUUGCCACCAUUGUUCUGUUUGUGCUAUGUGUGUCUUAAAAAUGGAUCAUCACUGCCCAUGGGUGAAUAACUGCAUUGGAUUCUCUAACUACAAAUUCUUUCUACUCUUCUUAGCCUAUUCUUUGUUGUAUUGCUUGUAUAUUGCUGCAACAGUCUUCAAGUAUUUCAUUAAGUAUUGGACAGGCGAACUGACUAAUGGACGUUCCAAAUUUCAUAUCCUUUUCCUUCUCUUUCUGGCGGUUAUGUUCUUUGUUAGCCUCAUGUUUCUGUUUGGCUACCAUUGCUGGCUCGUCAGUAGGAACAGAUCUACUUUAGAGGCUUUCUCAACACCAGUAUUUCAGAAUGGCCCAGAUAAAAAUGGAUUCAAUCUUGGCUUUGUAAAGAAUCUUCAGCAAGUGUUUGGAGAAGAAAAAAAGCUGUGGUUACUACCUAUUGCCUCCAGCCAGGGUGAUGGACAUUUUUUUCCAAUGAGAGCUUUGUGUGAAGCUCAGAAUCCUCUUCUAUCAAACGAAGAGCAGUGGGAAGAUGACGGAAUAGAUGAGGAGCCUCAUGAUUCUGGUGAAGCUGCAUCCCUUGCCAUAGAAAGGGAGACAUAGCGGUUUGAAAAUGGCAGCAGUAGAAAGCUUGUUCAGAAAGCUUCCCUCUCAGGAGUCAACAUCCCUUCUCUCUGCAUGGACUUCAGUUUUGAGAGGCAGAAGUGGAUCUUCAAGAUGUAAAAGCAUCUAGAAGUAUCAUUUGAUUGGAAUCUGCAUUCUAGAGUGCUUCUCCAGAAAUCCUGCUAUCCAGAUGUUUCAAGGCUUUAUAAGUUUAAGUUAUGGAGUGAACAGAACAGUUUUACAGAGUGACUCUGGCCAAUCUUCUUUGGCCUGCUCUCUUUAUUUUAUAAAUAAUAUAUAUUUUUAUUCAAAAUAAGUUAAAAAAAAAAAUAUUGAUGCGAGUGCGUUUCCAAAGGCCUUUUCGUUUUGCAAGCAUCAGGGACUUGAUUUCUGAAAAUUCUUCCAAGCCAUAAUAUUCUUGGGGAUGGUAUUUACACUGAGACUGAUGCUCUAACCUCCUCAGCCAGGUGGCGUUUUCUAAUAUGUUUAAAGUUCCACUCAGUGAGAUACAGAUUCACUUAAAUUUGGCACUAAAUUGAUAGUUGAUACAUUUGUGUUGAAAGAAAAAGCACUGAGCGUGUAUAUAUACAUGUGCAGCUGUGUAUGAAAACAGAACAAUCACGUUGCCAGUAUCAAGAUUCAAGAAUAUUGUGGCCACAGAUGCUUUUUUUUCUGGGGCAGUGUAAAUAUCUUACAGUUUGAGUUACAGUGCCCCUCAAUCCUACUUAGAGUUACCUAAAGUGCAAACAGGAAUUUUAGGCAGCACAAUGUGCAUUAAUUCCUAGGGCUAAAAGGACAGUGUUUGCAUGGUAAUUAGAGCAUUAUCAACUCAUCCCCGGGCCCGUGUUCCAUGGAAAAUCUUCUUUGUAAAGUCAGAAAGGAAGAUGCAGAUUUGAAGCACACGAGUUGGAAAUGUGUGCUGAAUGUUUAGCUCCCACAGUCACGCUUGGAGUGUCCAUUCCACAAAGGUGAUUUCAGCCCCAUAUCACUGAAGGGACUUUUGAUGUACUGAAUUAUCUCAUACUUCUUCCUCAGUAGAUGUAUUGACUGAUAUUUAAAAGGUUUUUAAGCACCAAGAGGUGAUUAGAUUCUUUAUUUUGCUCCAUUUGCAAUUAGAGGAAUGUAUUGUUAUUCUUACUGUGUGGAAUGGAACUGAGAAUUUGCUGGCAGGAUUAUAUGUAUUUUUCUAGAUCCAAGUCACUAUUUUAUCUGCAUGAUUCAGAGCUGGCAACUCCAUCUCUCGUGUUUGAACGAGGUGCAUGUUUGCUGAAUUGGUAUACUACUUUUAAGAUCGUUUGUUAGCAUUUUCUAUCCUCGUUUUCUGUUUGUUCAUCAGCCCCUCUAUGUCUGCUUUAACUACAGAAGCAGUUGUCAUGAGAAAUCAUCUGAUUUAAGUAUCUGUUGGUGACAAAGGCCUUGGCUGCAGAUUAAGACUCUUCUCUGUUUCCUCUGUCGUGCUACCAGUGGAAGUAUGUCAGUGACACAGAAGAGACGUGUGGAGAUGUUUUGUUGAUGAGUAGACGUUUAACUGCAGGAUAUAAACCGUGCCCUUUGGACAUGGUGGUUUAUGCAUCAGACUGUACUUAGGAGUAGCACAGGCAGUAGACUCAGCAAAACGUGCUACUGCUGAGGCUUAGUUCUCAGAAAUUAGAGUGAGUUCUCCCUGUCUAACUUAUUCUCCUUUCUCUUCAGAGUUCUAUGGAACGCUCUUGGAGUGUUCCUACUUUGGCUGCUUUGGUUGGGUGGCUCUGUCACCAGGUGGCUCUUGACCACUGAAACUAUUUUUCUUGUUAAAUCUCAACCUGCAUUUCUCGUGAAUGAAUCUCGUGCUCAGUUUUAAGCUGUAAAAGGCAGCACUAGAAUUGAUCACAUCGUUUCUGGUAAAAUGUAUUCUGGAGGUGGAUCAUGAGAAGGAGAUGCCAGUUAUUUGCUGUAGGAAGUGCGUAGGGAAUUAGCACCAUUACUUGUGUAUUUGUGCCUUUAAAACUCUAAGUUCCUUGUAUAUAAAAGCAGGAGGGUAAAUUGCUGACUGUUCCAUUCUGCCAGCUGAAGUGUGUUUUUCAGAUAGGAAUAUCAAAGCUGUGUGAAGCUGUGUGGAUUUACAAGGGUUUUCUGAGCAAGAUCUUGUGUCCUUUUGGGGUUUGGUUCUGUUCACAGCCAUGUCAUUAUUUUAAUGCUGUUUCUCUGCCAAGCAAAGCAUCAGAAGAGCUACCUAAAAGAACUGCAGGCUGCAUCCCCACUUAUUGUCUAGAUGCACACUGUUCAUUAAUUAGUAAGUAAAAUCCACUUUUGUCUCGUGGUUAUUAUUAGAACAGAUAAAUUUAUGAUAAUGCAGCUAUCCAGUUCAGAUUUAGAAGCAGCUUUAAAAGUUUCUAACUACUUAAAUGAUGCUUUGGCAUCUGUCUCUAUCUUAUUCUUAUUAAAUAGAAUUGCUCAUAGUUAGUUAUGGCAAAUUCUCCUUUUUCUUAAAAGCAGCUCAGAUGCACAAACACUCAUGCAGGUAAAAGUGAUAAACAGUGUGGUGACUCAGAGCCACUCCAGUAUCUGCACCAGUCAGGUUUUUGAAUGUUUCAGGAUGGAAUGUGAAACUGAAGGAGAAAAAACCCUGGUGUGUCUGAGUGACUGAACAAACUCCAUUUUGUUCUCUUCUGCUUAAUUGAAAGAGAUAUACUUACUCUCUGCUAAUUGCAUUGUGUGUGCUGAAUUCCAGGGCAGUCAGUGCUGUGCUUUAACCUGGCAGCAGCUCAGCACCACAGAGCCACUCGCUCACACCCUCCCAGUGGGAUGGGGACAGAAUUGCAAGAAAAACCAACCGAACAAAAAACAACAAAAAAACAAAGGAGAACUCAUGGGUUGAGAUACAAAUUAUAUAUACUAAGAAAAGAAAGAGGAAAAAAGCAUGAUAGUAAUGAUAAUUAUAUAUCAUCAGCCUCUGAGCAGCAGCUGCCCACUCAGCCGAUUCCCAAUUUUUCAAGGUUUUUUUCCACAUGAUGCUAUAUGAUAUGGAAUAUCCAUUUGGCUACUUGAGAUCAGCUGUCACGGUUCUGUCCCCUCGCUGUCAGGACAGUUCGAGAAGUAGAGAAACUGGAAGGUCCUUAGCUCUAUGCAACAGUGCUCAGCAGCAACUAAACAUCAGUGUUCUAUCAGCAUUGCUUUUCUCCUAAAGCCAAACACUGCAUCGUGGCAGACACUACGAAGGAAAAGUCAGCUCUGUCCCCACUGAUAGCAGAACAGUUGGGCAGGCUCCUCUGCCUCCCAAGGUCAAAGCUGAUGCAGAAAGCUGCAGUGAGAAGUCUGGGAGGUGUUCACCAAAGCUGUAAGUGAACAGCUGGAUCCCUGGGGGAAAAGCUGUUUUUCCAGGUACAGCUGCUGAGAUCUGUUUGCUCCAUGCAUUAUUGCAGCUGAUGCUUCAAACGUCACUGCAGAUGACCUAAUAAGGAGAACACUGUUUUUUUCACUUGACAUUUUUGGCCUUUAAGAAACCUGUUAGUUAGAGAUCUGGGCAGCAUAAAAGCAGUGAUUUUGACUGCAUCUCCUGCUACCUAUGACUUUAAAGCUGGGUUCCUAUUUAGUUUAUUAUUUAGCUUUGUUUUCUUAGAUUCUGUACUAAAGUUGCAUACAAAGAAUGUAGUAUAUGCAGGUUCUGCCAGGUCUGCUGGGAAAGAAAUGCUUCAGGCUGUCUGCAGGCACUGCUGCAGGUAAUAGAACAGCUGAAGCAUUCAGCUGAGUGCACGUUAGUUUUUUUAACAUGCACAUACCUCUUUGAUGGGUAAAAUGCAUUUCCACUUUCACUGGUAUGCGGGCUCGGUCUGUGUGAUACACUGUGGAAGAGGUCCGAAGUAACUUCUGUCCUCAGUGGAUAUCAGACUGCCAGGAAUUGUAGAAGCAUCUGUCUGUGGAGAACAAUUUCGCUGGCCUAGCUUCAUGUAGCCAAGGGAAAUGGGAGUGCACUCUGUGUUGCCAGCAGGCUGCAGGCACAGCAGUGCUUGGUGCACGUCAGGCUUUGGGCUGCCUGCUGCGCUGCCUGCCGGUACUGUCUGCAUUGCUUGGUGGGAAUGUGGGAGCUGGAAUACAGCCACCAGAAGUUGUAAUUCCACCAGCCGUCAUCAGCUAGCAAUGUGAGUGGCUGGAGUGAGAUCCCAUGUCUCAGUAUCAUGCACAUGGAGUGUCUCUGAAGGUGUUGAACACCACAGUGAGCUUUGUAGGCUUCAAUCAGAGCACAAUAGUGUGAGAAUUCAGCCUGUGGAUGGCAUACCUUGCCUCUGGCCUUUCGUGGUCUCUAUUUAAGCAUUUUACAAAUGCUUCCUAUAAUGGUGGUGUGAGAGCAUUUCCAAGUGGAUGCCAUCGUGUGAAAGAAAGAAUUCUCUUGCUGGAUUGUACUGUCGUACCUGCUGCCCUGUCUUAUCCCUGUUCUCUUAGGCUAACACUCCAAAAUAAUUCACUACUAACAACCACCUCCUCACCUCUCCCGUUUCUCCCAUUUACAUUCAGGUAGGCUAUACUCUUAGAGAAGGCAUCAUAUUGAUGCCUCUGCGCAUUGUAUUGUGCAAAGUCCUAUCUUUGGUUGGUGAGUGCUGUCCAAGGAAUUAGGACUGUAGUAAGCAUCACUGCACCUUUUUUCUCUUGCUGAAUCGGAACAGUGUUUUUAGAGUAGAAGAUGAUUGUAUUCCUCUUAAUAAGGAGUAGUACUGUAUGUUUAGUAGGCUGUACUAGUGCAUGUAGUGCACUGUAGCUGAUGGGGCCCGGGAAGCUUUUUAAUAGCACUACAGCAAUGAAUGUUUACUUCCUGCAACGAGCCAGAAAUGUGAUUCAGCAAAAUCUGUAAGAGCUGUAGUUUUUAUAUUCUGUAUGCUGGACAGAAAGCACAACUUAGUAGUUAGUUAGUUACAAGUUAGUUACAAAACUUAAUGUGUAAACUCUGUAACAUAAUAUGAAUGUAAAAUGUCAGGGAAAAGUAGAAACUAACCUUUUCUUCCCUGUAGUUAGAUAUAAAGGAAGAUGCGUUGCAAUGCUUUCAGGGACCAGCUGCCUCCGAUGCAGUCGAUAAGCCAGCAGCACAGAUUUGCUGUUUGCAUAGCUGGCUCAAUCAUGAGAGUGUUGAAUUAGCAGGCUAAGGAGGUACUGUUGAUGUUGUUUAAUAAGCCAGAAUUAAUUAACUCAGAGUCACAUUUUCAUUUCCGUGACUCUUUUGGUACAAAGUUUCAAAAUUGAUCCAUACUACUUGAAAAUAGCUUGAUUUUAUUGAUAUUUUUCCAAUUCUGUCAGCUUCUGUUUUGUUACAGAGCACUUGUUCCAAGCCAUCAAUUAAAGCAUCUCCAUGGUAGAGUGGCUUUUUCAUUAAAAUAACGGCCUGUCAAACAGUUGGGCUGUGAUGUGCAUGUCCAGGCUGUGGCAUUAUGAUGUACCCUUCCUGCUUAAUGCUUAUUUCCUUUUCUGGUAAUUAACAUUGAGAAUCGUGCCUGCCCUUAGUUUUGUUCUUGCUCUACUUUUCCUCUUUUCUCUUUUGCUCUUCCUCCUGAAUAUGGAGUUGCAAUAUCUCAGCUGUUCAUGCGGUUUUGUUUGGAUACUAACAAGGGGAGUAGGUGUCACUUUAAACAGCUGGGCCAUGUAUUUUAUUUGUAAUAAUCUUCAUGUUUGUCAGGGACUGAUUUGUGAUUCCUUUUGUUCAGCUUGCUUUGCUCAGAGCAACUUUCUGCACUGCUUUGCUGUUUCCUAAAAAUCUUUGUUUUCUAGCUUCAGUUUGAAUUGUAAACCAUGUGAAGUAAAAUGUAAGUUUACUUUUCAAGUAUGAGCACAUAAGCUGGUUAUGCCUUCAUGCUGCUUGAAAUAUGUAUUUUUUCUGCAUAAGGUUUUAAGAUUUACAGCAGUAUUUGCUAAAGCUUUAGUGAAUAACAAGCACUGUUUUAUUAAAAAA